GCACUGCAGGUUUGUGUUUUGACGAUAUUUUCCUCUUUUCUGCUCCACCUUGAGCCUAAUGCAGUUGAAGUGCACAGGUCGCAGCAGCUGUUUGGUCCGUGCUUGUUUAGUUCCGCCUAUCAACACGCCCUUGUCCCAGAAAUAAAUAUCAACUACCACAGCUCACUGGGGCCACUUCUCUGCUUCUCUCACCCUACUGCUGCUGCCUGUUCCCCAGACUGAGGUGCCCACCACAUCUCUUCUGCUGUCAGAAGACCAUGGACACAGAAAUUGAUCACCAAGAAGAGACUUCAUUCAGCAACUCAGAGACUAAUGGUAAGCGCCCUGCUGAGGAUGCAGAUGAGCAGAAAUCAUUCAAGCGCUCCAGGAACUCAGACGAGAUGGUUGAGCUUCGCAUCCUCCUGCAGAGCAAAAAUGCAGGAGCUGUAAUUGGGAAGGGUGGCAAAAACAUCAAAGCCCUUCGCACCGACUACAAUGCCAGUGUGUCAGUCCCAGACAGCAGUGGGCCUGAGCGCAUCCUGAGCAUCAGUGCCGACAUCGAGACAGUUGGAGAAAUCCUGCUGAAGAUUAUCCCAACACUGGAAGAGUACCAGCAGUACAAUGGCAUGGAUUUUGAUUGUGAGCUGCGUCUGCUGAUCCACCAGAGCCUUGCUGGCUCGAUCAUUGGGGUAAAAGGAGCCAAGAUCAAGGAGCUCCGUGAGAACACAAAGACCAGCAUCAAGCUGUUUCAGGAGUGUUGUCCUCAGUCGACAGACCGGGUGGUGCUGGUUGGUGGUAAAACAGAGAGGGUGGUGGAGUGUAUCAAGACUAUGCUGGAGCUCAUUGCUGAAGCUCCCAUAAAGGGCAGAGCACAGCCCUAUGACCCUAACUUCUACGAUGAAACAUAUGAAUACGGUGGUUUCACCGUGAUGUUUGAAGAGAGGGGAGGCAGUCGCAGGCUUAUGGGAGGGUUCCCAAUACGUGGGGGUAGGUCCAGCGGUGGAGACCGCGCGUUUGACCGAAUGCCCUCUAGCAGAGGGGGACGGGGACCCAUGCCUCCCUCCCGCCGGGAUUACGAUGAGAUGAGUCCUCGCCGAGGUCCUCCCCCACCCCACCCAAGUAGGGUCUCCAGAGGGAGUGGCCGGGUGCGCAACAUGCCAAUUGGACACCAACACCAACACAGAGGAGGAGAUGAUCGUUACUAUGACUCGUACCGUGGCUCAGAUGACAGGUCAAAUGACAGAAGAGGGAGACCGGAUCGCUACAGCGAUAACAUGAGUGGAGGAGGAUAUGACAAUAGUUCCUCCUGGGAUAGCUACCAGUCAGGUGGACGUGGCUCCUAUAAUGACAUAGGCGGACCUGUCGUCACCACACAAGUGACGAUCCCUAAAGAUCUGGCUGGCUCUAUCAUUGGUAAGGGAGGCCAGCGGAUCAAACAGAUCCGCCACGAGUCUGGAGCCUCCAUCAAAAUCGAUGAGCCUCUGGAAGGUUCUGAGGACCGAAUCAUCACCAUUACUGGCACGAAGGAUCAGAUCCAGAACGCCCAGUUCCUUCUACAGAACAGUGUGAAGCAGUUCUCUGGUCAUAUGAUGUAGACCCAGGAGACUCAGAUUGAAGCAGACUCAGAUUGCCCCCACCCCCACCCCACCCCCUCAACCUUUCUGCCCCUGUCCAACAUAUCCCCUUCAGACUAUUAUUCUGGAUUGUGGGUGUCUUUUUUGAAUUUUAUUUUUGUAUUUUUUAAUGAAAUAAAUGUCCAACAUUCCUGUGCAUAAAAGAAAAUGUAGAUGUUCUGCAUUUUUGAAAGUGUAGUCCAUUAGUUUAUCAGAUACAGUUUUUUUUUCUAACACUCACAUCUAUCCAAAUAUUCUUCAGCCUCCUGACAGACAAAAAUAAACAUAACCUUUAUUUUUUGAUGGUUUUGUUUUUUUAUGGCUUAAGUGUGUGUGUGUGUGUGUGUGUGUGUGUGUGUGUGUGUGUGUGUGUGUGUGUGUGUGUGUGUGUGUGUGUGUGUGUGUGUGUGUGUGUGUGUGUGUGUGUGUGUGUGUGUGUGUGUGUGUGUGUGUGUGUGUGUGUGUGUGUGUGUGUGUGUGUGCGCGCGCGCGCUUUCUGUUGUCUGUAUCAGUCCCUUCACACAGUUGUACCACAUUAACAUUAACAUUAGCAGAAUGAAGAAUGUAAGCUAUGUUUCUUUUGAUUUUGAACCAUUUAUGUUUUGUUUUUAGAGAUGUGGGAAAUUUUACUCUUUACUCGGAAUGAUGAUUAAGUUGGGACUCUUGUACACACGAGAUACAGGACAGACUGACUAAUUUAUAAGGAUAUAAAUAGUUGUGUGAUCAAAUAAAUCUAAGAAUUUGAGUAACACCUCACAAAUCGAAACAUGUAGCUAGAAAUUGGUUUUGAUAUGUUAUUGGAGAUUUGACAAAUGAUAUUGAACUUAUCUAUUUUGUCCCAACAAUUUCCUGUGUUCUACACUUGUUUUCUCUCCAUGCUGUAGACUUCACAUUGUCAAAUUGUAAAAUGAAUAAAGAUGGUGCCACUUUUUACUGAA